CGCUGCGGGCUGUGGGGCUCGCUGCGGGUUGGUCUCUCCUCCCUAGUCUCAGGAGACAGAAGGAGAGGAACUGUCCUGGAACUGUGCCAGGGGAGGAUGAGGAUGGAGAGGAGGAAAAGUGGUGCCAGAGUGGUCAGGGACUGGCACAGGCUGCCCAGGGAGGUGGCGGAGCGCCCGUCCCUGGCGGUGCUCAGGAGCCGUGUGGCCGUGGCCGUGCUGGGGCUGGAUGAUCUCUGAGCGGUUCUCCCCCCCGAGCAAUUCUGAGGUGAAGCACUGGCAGGUGCAGCUGGGCCGGGGCCGCUUCGCAGCCGUCCUGUGCCCGGGCCGCGGGCGCAGCUCUCUCCUCACCACCCGCUCAGACAGAGCCAAAUCUCACUGACCCCUGACAGUCCGCCCGGCGCCAGCAGCCCCCAGCCGCACCUGCGCCUCCCCGCUUCGCUGCGCGGCUGGCACGGCGGAGUCCCGGGGGGGUGACCCCGUCCCUGUCUCGUCCCCUCCCAUCUCCCCUGGGUGCUGGGGCCCGGGUGGCCGUACCGGGCGCGGUCCCGCCGGCGCAGGGCCCCGGGCAAACAGGCGGUCAAUGAUUAACCGCCGGGCCAGUCCCGUCCCGUCCCGCAGCGCUCCGGCCGCCGGCGCGGGGCCAUGCGGGGACCGGGGACCGCAGCAGGGCCGUAGCGAGCACCAGGGCCGAGCGUCCGACUGGGGGACCGCGGGCACCGACGAUGGAGGCUGAGGAGCCGGCAGGGGCAGCGGCGCAGGGCGGGGGCGCAGCUGGGCGGCUGCAGGGGCCCGGUGCCCGCUGCCACCCCCCAGCGCCUGGUGCGGAUGGGCCCACGGUGGUGUCGGCGGUCAGCAACGCGGCCUUCGAGGAGGACCCUCCCCCCUACACACCCCCGGACCCCAAGAGCCUGCACCUCCUCUACCUGCCCCUCCCCACCGGCUUCUCCCAGCAGGCUCCAGUUGUCUACCAGCCGGGGCCGGGGGGGCCCUUCCCACCCCAGGGCAUCCCCCCUGCGCCCGGGCCCUACCCUGCCCCGAGCGCAGGGCAGGCGCAGCUGCUGCCCAAGGACUACCUGGUGGAGUCGGCGCUGGUGACUGUCUUCUGCUGCCUGCUGACCGGCGUCGUCGCCCUCGUCUACUCCUACGAGACCCGAGCUGCGCUUGGCCGCGGGGACGUGGUGCAGGCGAGGGUGGCAUCCAGAAAGGCUCAGUCCCUGGUCCUCUUCAGCCUCCUCUUCGGGCUGUUCGCCUCCAUCAGCUGGGUCAUCUACGUCCUGGUGUCCCUGUACCUAUGACAGGGUCCCCGAGCCCCAGGGACAUGGCACCUGCAGGAGGCUCUCUGUGGCUCACUGCAGGCCAGGUGGAGCAGCCACAGCCCUCUCCUGGCACCGCCAGAUGACCACAAAGUGUUGCUGGGGCCAAGGGGCAGCAUCCAUCCUUCCCGUGGGGUGAGGAGCCACAGGCUGCCCUCAUCCACCUGCUCUCAGCCCCACGGGCAGGAGGAACCCAGCCCAAAGCGAUGCUGGUGCCGUGCCGUGGGACCAGCUGCGGGCAGGGAGCAGCAGCACCGUGCAUGGGACCAGGCUCUGCCGUGGGACGUUGAAUCCCAUCACCGUGGACUGGCACUUGGAGGUGCCCAAGGGGGCUCUGGUGCAGGGAGAGCAUCUCGUGGAAUUGGGGCUGGAGGUGGAGCAAAUGGCCAAGGGUAAUGGCGAGCCCAAGGCCUGUGGCUGCUCCAGCAGCAGCUGCUGCUCUGCCUGCUGAGUACGGAGGUGAGCAGAAUCCCCGGGUGGUGCUGCAGACAAACACUCCUGUGCCGCUGCCUCCUUGCUGCUCCCGGGCUGAAAUAAACACAGCUGUAGCCAAAG